CGGCCGCGCCAUUUAAAUUUCGUCCGGCGGCUAAGCAGUACGAGUCCGGGGCGGAGGCCCAAGGCCGACCGCGCUGACCCCGGCGCCCGCCCGCCGCCGGGCCCGCGGGCCGCGGAGGGGCCGGAUGGACCAGCGCCGGCCGCGGCGUUCCGGUGCGCGCGCGCGUCUCAGCCAAUCGGGUGCUCGCCCGCCCCCCGCGGCCGCGGCGAGGCUGGCGCUGGGAAGAGGAAGAAGAACAUUCGCCCUCCUCCUACCAGCGCGCGGGCGGCGGCGGCGGCGGCACCGGGGUCACGAACUCUGACCUUUCACUGACAAAAACAAUAACAAACCCCCCCUUUCCCGCGACCCCGGCGGCGCCCCCGGGCCCGCCCCCGCCGCCCCCGCUCCCACCUCGGCGUCUCUUCUCUUGCCUGCUGCCCCGCGAGCCCGCGGCCCCGGGGCUCCCGCCAUCCGCCAACGCCGGGAGCCCGGCCUCCCCGCAACCUGCCCUCCGCGUCGGGGGCUGCCCGCCGCAGACACGGGACCUGCUUUGAGGCCGCUUUGGCGCCAAAUCCUGAGGUUCUCUAAUGAUCUUGCUUCACCAUGGCUACAAAUAUGGAGGGGCUGGUUCAGCACAGAGUGGGGACCCAGCAGGUGGCUGAGGUACCACGGACACAGACCUCUCGGCCGGAAUCUCCAGGGAUGACCAGCCCCUCCCCACGCAUCCAGAUAAUCUCCACCGACUCUGCGGUAGCCUCACCUCAGCGCAUUCAGAUUGUGACAGACCAGCAGACAGGACAGAAGAUCCAGAUAGUCACCGCAGUGGACGCCUCCGGGUCCCCCAAGCAGCAGUUCAUCCUGACCAGCCCAGAUGGAGCUGGAACUGGGAAGGUGAUCCUGGCUUCCCCGGAGACAUCCAGUGCGAAGCAGCUCAUUUUCACCACCUCGGACAACCUCGUCCCUGGCAGGAUCCAGAUCGUCACGGACUCUGCUUGUGUGGAACGUUUGCUGGGGAAGGCUGAUGUCCAGCGGCCCCAGGUGGUAGAAUAUUGUGUAGUCUGUGGCGACAAAGCCUCUGGCCGCCACUAUGGGGCCGUCAGUUGUGAAGGUUGCAAAGGUUUCUUCAAAAGGAGUGUAAGGAAAAAUCUGACCUACAGCUGCCGGAGCAACCAAGACUGCAUCAUCAAUAAGCAUCACCGGAACCGCUGUCAGUUUUGCCGGCUGAAAAAAUGCUUAGAGAUGGGCAUGAAAAUGGAAUCCGUACAGAGUGAACGGAAGCCCUUUGAUGUACAACGGGAGAAACCAAGCAAUUGUGCUGCUUCAACCGAGAAAAUCUAUAUCCGGAAGGACCUGAGAAGUCCUCUGAUAGCCACUCCCACGUUUGUGGCAGAUAAAGAUGGAGCAAGACAAACAGGUCUUCUUGAUCCAGGGAUGCUUGUGAACAUCCAACAGCCUUUGAUACGUGAGGAUGGCACGGUUCUCCUGGCCACGGAUUCCAAGGCAGAAACAAGCCAGGGAGCUCUGGGCACACUGGCAAAUGUCGUAACCUCCCUUGCCAACUUGAGUGAAUCCCUUAACAAUGGUGACGCUUCGGAAAUGCAGCCGGAGGACCAGUCCGCUAGUGAGAUUACUCGGGCGUUUGAUACCUUAGCUAAAGCACUUAAUACCACAGACAGCUCCUCACCUCCGAGCCUAGCAGACGGAAUAGAUGCCAGUGGAGGCGGCGGCAUCCAUGUCAUCAGUAGAGACCAGUCCACACCCAUCAUCGAGGUCGAAGGGCCCCUCCUUUCAGAUACUCAUGUCACAUUUAAGCUCACGAUGCCCAGCCCAAUGCCAGAGUACCUCAACGUGCACUACAUCUGCGAGUCAGCCUCCCGCCUGCUUUUCCUCUCCAUGCACUGGGCCAGGUCAAUCCCGGCUUUUCAGGCACUUGGGCAGGACUGCAACACCAGCCUGGUGCGGGCCUGUUGGAAUGAGCUCUUCACCCUUGGCCUCGCCCAGUGUGCUCAGGUCAUGAGUCUCUCCACUAUCCUGGCGGCCAUUGUCAACCACCUGCAGAACAGCAUCCAGGAAGAUAAACUUUCUGGAGACCGGAUAAAGCAAGUCAUGGAGCACAUCUGGAAGCUUCAGGAGUUCUGUAACAGUAUGGCGAAGCUGGAUAUAGACGGCUAUGAGUAUGCAUACCUUAAAGCUAUAGUUCUCUUUAGCCCCGAUCAUCCAGGUUUGACCAGCACAAGCCAGAUUGAAAAAUUCCAAGAAAAGGCACAGAUGGAAUUGCAGGACUAUGUUCAGAAAACCUACUCGGAAGACACCUACCGAUUGGCCCGGAUUCUCGUUCGCCUGCCAGCACUCAGGCUGAUGAGUUCCAACAUAACAGAAGAACUUUUUUUUACUGGUCUCAUUGGCAAUGUUUCAAUAGACAGCAUAAUCCCCUACAUCCUCAAGAUGGAGACAGCAGAGUAUAACGGCCAGAUCACCGGAGCCAGUCUAUAGUGUGCCGCACGCCUGCCAAGCAGCAGAAGGAUGCUCCCAGGACCGCUCAGAUACAGAGAAAAUAAAGUAGUGGUAUUUUGGUAUGUGCAAAUAUUUCCAGUAUGUUAGCCAUUUCCUACCUGGUUUCUUCAUAUCUGUUAAUCCCAGACAAUAGCAACUAAAAGACUAGUAGGAUCCUUUCCUACCAUAAGAAAUGUUUUAAUGCCUUUUGAUGAAGCAGAUUUUGGAACAGUCUUUUAACCUAAUUUGUAUUUAGAGAUUCUCAAAGGGCAAAAAACAAAGUUUUAUAACGUCAGAGACUAGUAUUAAAACUAAACGAACCUAAGAAAACAGUAUGUGUGUAUAUAUAUUAAAAUUUUCCUUGGAAUUAAUAGCUACUAAUUACCAGGGUAAUAAUAUUAGCACUUUCUAAGCACUUCUUAUCAAUGCGUAUGUUAGCAACAUCUUGCCUAUGGGCAGGACAAAUGGAAAACUGUAUGUCUUUUGCUGAAAUGCUAAUGAUUUGUGAAAACGCAAUAGGGUACAGGAGACAAUCAUUUAUGUUUAAGAAAAGAUGGCAUCAUUCCUAAUUGUAUGCACACAUUGGUGGUGUUAAACUCAAUUCCUAUGAACGAAUGAAAAUGUGACUCAUCUGUAUCAUGCAGUAAGUGGGAGUGUGUAGUACAGUCAGUGGUGGCCCAAACCGGAAGCUUCCUCAGCUGUUGAGUUGGUGAUGCUUGUCAGGUUCCCUGACCUCUGGUUCUGGCCUGUGACUGGCAUCUACAGGCUCCUCCAAACCUGGGGCUCUCUUCUGAUUACUGGUUCUCAGAAUUGGAUUGCAACCAGUCAGACAUUAACUGCCAAUUCCUGCAGCAACUGAAAACAUCCCCAAAUCACCUCCACCACUCAGCAGACAGAGCCUUCUGACCAAAAAGUGCAAGGUGGGCAUUUUGAAUCUGACAGUAAUUCCUGAAUGCAGUCUAGAUGGUUGCUCAUUGUUCAGAUGGAGUAAGAAGGUUCCCUUCUCAGGGGUUUCCAUUCCAAAUGCCCCCUUGAAAAGGGCCUGUAUUCCUGCAGUUCACUCAGAACUGUGAGGUGAUUUGGGGGAGGGGUGCAGGAUUUCACUGCCUGCCCUGGGGUAGUGGUGAUGGCGUGGCUAAAAUGAAAGGGGUUCUCUGUUGACCUUGAAUAUCAGGGUUUUUCAGAGUGUUUCCAGACUCCACAUUUCUGUUGGCAGAUCUCUGAAUGCUGCUGGUACACCAUGCACUUUGAUCCCCCCAGGUAUGUACCAGCAAAGAACCCUGGAGCAUUUUAGGCGAUGUGUGCAGAAGCAGGCUCCCUGCUCCUUAUAAAAACCCCUAACUCCCAAAGUUAUCUUCUUUCUCCUAAGUUACAGCCACCAUCAUUUACAAGAGCAGAAUGCUGUAUAAGGAUGUUCUGUCUAGAGAAGAGCAUAAAUUCCCAUGGAUGUGAGUAAGCGGUGGGCAUUUCCUGCUUGGGAAAAGUGGCAUGUCCAAGACCAGAUCAGGUACUCUCCAUUUCCUUUUUGUACAGCCCAGGUUAAGAAAAUACAGCUUUAGGUUAAACUUGCAUCUCCCGGGACCUUUUGAUCAGAUGGUAUACAGAAAGAUCCCAAUGUACUUCCCCUGCCUCACAGGCGCUCCCUGGUCUGGCUCAGCCCCUGGGCAGGGUGGGGCCUCGUGUGCUAUGUAGGUGCCCAGCCAGCCAACCACUGGCUUAUGACAAAAUAGGAUUCUCUGUUCUGGAGUGUUAGCAGCAAGUGGGUAUGGUUAUCUCGAACUUCUAAAUUCCUGUUUGAAUUUAUUUAUAGUUCAGGCCUUGGAAACACAUUUUGGAGAUCAUAGGGGUGCCCAUUAUAAAAUGAUGGAAAGAAUUUAAUUUUGCCAGCUUAGAUUUUUGGUUUCUAACUUUGAAGUGAUUUAAAUUUCAAAAUUAAGAACAACAAAAAAAGCCAAGACCAUGGAGUUAGGGCAGGUCUGUUUCAUUUCUGCUCGUGAAGGAUUUUAGCAGAGGGUAUUUUCAAGCGAGUUUAUGCAUCUUUCACAGCAAGUUGCCUCUUUUCUGUUCAAUUUUUUUAAUGUAAGCACGUCUAUUGAUCACAGAGCCAUUCCCUGGCCACACCUGUGUCACAUCUCCCCGAUCUGAGUUCUCCGUGUGGAGAUAUUUUUGCCUUUAGAUAAUGGGCCGGCUUAUCCAAGACCUCGACUGAGGCUCCAGCGACACCACUGUUGGUGAGGUUUGGGGGCACAGGAGGUGAUAACCAGCAGGAAGACUGUGAGCGUUUGGGUGAGUGAGUGCUUCACUGUGGCAGGAUAGCCCUGGACAAACAUGGGGUCAGCUUGGAGGGUUGUUGCUUCUGACCUAGUCUUGCCCCUUGAGUCCCUUCACUAGUGAUGGCUGUUGACCAUUUUGGGCUUUGAACACUCAGUAGUUUCCCAGGUCCUCUUGGCUUUACUUUGAAGUAGCCUUUUCCCUAAGGAUCAUGUUCACACAAGCUAAUUUCUUGCUGCCUCGAAUCAUUUCACACCUUGGACAGCAGGUCCAUCCCAUCUUGGCAGAUUGGUUAAGAAGCUCAACGUCGAAUUUUUUAAAGGGAUCCCAAGCGAACACUGAGGCUCAACUUUCACAAGGCUUACCCCUCCUUGGUAGUUGGUGAAAGUCGGGAUUCAGUUAGGUGAGGCCAGCCCUCUGUCCACUAGGUCUGAGUGAAAUAAGCCAGGAGCAGAUUCUUAGUCACACAGCUUGCGCACAUGUCCCUUCUGCUAACCUGACCCUUCUUCCCUUGUGAGAGAGGUCUGUCGGCUAAACGACCUGGUGAUACACACACACCGCUGCUUCUGGAUGAAAUGGGCUCUUUUCCAGCAGUAUCUCAGAUAAUGCUAGACAGUUAUAUGUUGAAAUUCUGGAGGUCAUUACGUACAAUGAUAAAACAGGACAGGAAGAGACUUGGAAAGUAUCAUUUGCUUGAGUAAUUUUUCUAAGCGAUUCCACCCUUCUAAUUUGAGAUUUGUGUGUCUAUUGGGGGGUUACCAUUAUUUAUUGUCUAGCUUCUGCCAUGAGGUUGUGGUUGGGGUUCUUUUAUUGUUUGGGAUUUUAUAUUUAAUGGCAAGUACAGCCACUUGUUGUAAGAUGUUAUGUAAAUGCCCUCAAGAGGAAUGGUUUUCUAACUUCUCAGUAUUAAAUGUGAACUCUGUUCUGACGCGGUUGCCACCAGCCAUGGUGACAGCGAUGGACGCACCCACUCUUGGGCUCCCUGAUAUGGCAGCCACAGUACAUACAUACUUAGCUGUGUGGCUUGUUUUGGGGAUAGCCAUGGCAGGGAGCUAAGAAUUAGAAGGGUUGUAUCUAGUGCUUUUUAUUCUGGGGAAAAAAAUACAUCCUAAUCCCUUGGGGGAAUUUCCAGUAGAGCAGUCUUGCCCCCGAGCCUGUCUCCGCCUGACAAGCAGCCUUGGCUAUGAAUCCAGGUUCUAGGACCUGAUCAGAUCAGAGUCCAGAAGCUUGUUGCCCACCUGCCAGUAGAAAGGGCCUCAUGUGCAGUAGGGGCUAUAGAUGACAUUUCAUCUCUAAGUGUAGGCCAUGAAGUGUCAUCUUCUGACAUUCACUUUUAUCCCCGGGGGUGGGGGGGAGGGGGCGGGCUGGGGAGGCAGUGCCCUUUAGAUCCUGGAAGGUUAGAGCAGGCUGGGCAGCUGCCCACGUGUCCUGUGUCCCACUUCCAGUCUCUGGAUUGUACGGCUCUUUGAAAAUGUCUUAACUUUGAUGUAAAUUUGUAAAAAGCCAAGCCCUAAUCGAGAUAAGAGUGGGUUUGGGUCUUUUGUACACAGGGUUCUGGACAUCCUCACAUGUGCCUCUUGCCAGUGCACAUUGCGCGUGUCCAGCCCUGGGAACCCUUCAGCGGCAUUGUGCGUGUACAGAUUUAUAGGCUUGUAUGACUGAAUGAAUGUACAUGUGUUUAUAUAUGUACAGUGUAUAUAGUGUGUGUAUGUGUACAUAGAUGUAUAUUAUGUAUACAGACAUGUAGCCAUGUAUCCAAAGUUUCCUUAUGUUUUAAAGAGAGUCUAUGAUAGAGUUGCUAAAAGUAAAUUGAUGUGGGUGUUCCAAGGUCCCUCAGCAGGAUGGAUUUGCUAAUAUUUUAACUCCAUUUUCCUUUGGGUAAGCCUGGCUGGGAAAGGCCACAAAGACAGAAUCUCCACUCUGUACCAGGGAAGAUUCCAGACAGAAAAGGUCCUGACAGGAGGACAUUGCUAGCUAUUCUCCAGGUUCAGACAAGGGCCAGAAAGUUAGAAGGCCAUUUAUCCUGAUGUCUAAAACUAGGUGGGGACCUUUAACUGGCCACCACGCACCUGUUUAUGGCCUAACUAGAAGGAACUUGGUAGUAGUGGGAGCCAUCGGCCUUCCUGGAGACAGGCAUCCCAGAGAUGCAGAGUGGCCCCUGUUCUGGGGCCUGACUCCCAGCGUGGUAGUGAUUUCCUGCGCUCACUCCGGACUAGCAAGUAGGCACUGCCCGGUGGCUAAACAGAUUCCCAUCUCUCUAAUGCCAGCUGAGAAAACCUACCAAGGAGUCUUUUAGAAUAAGCAUGAAUAUUAUCACUAAAUUAUGGUAUAGAAGUCACAAAUCUUAAAUUAACUAGCAUGAGGUGAAUAAAAUCCACUGAUGUAAAUCCUUUCUAUAAACUGAUUUAAACACACCAGAUAAAAACUGCAUUUUAAUAUGGCUACAUGUGCCCUUUAAGCUACAGAUACCUAAUUUUCCUCAUCCAGGUCUAUUCUGAUGAAUUUUCCCCCUUAUUCGGGCUUUAAACUGAGACCUGGUACUCAGGAGCCGGGGCCUGUGGUGAGCGGGGCUGGAGGGCUGAAAGCCGCCCUGCUGAAGGGAACUGGAGAACUGCAAAAACUCCCAUAACCCAUAGGUUUUCUGUUGUUUUUUUUAAAUAAGCUACUGAAAUGUUUGAAACGCUUCAUUGAGACCAUAGUACUCAGUGCCUUUUGUGAGAUGGUGGGUCAUUUAGCCUUCAGCUUCCGUCUAUCUGACGUAAGAGAAGCUCCUACUUCGCUGGCCUCAUCCACCAGUACUCCCUGACCUUCCCCUGUCCUUGCCUGUCAUGACAAUCACUCUUGAAGGUGGCUUUCCGGUUAAAAUACAAGAGGAAGCUUGACAGUCUCUCAAUCUUCAAAGUAAAAACUUUCAUUUGGGGCUAUCUUAACAGCAAUCUAAGAAUAAUUAAACGUUGAGCUUAAGAAGAGUAUCUUAGGGGUGGGGAAUGUCUGAGAUACUUUGGAGGCCCAGCUAUACCUCCAGUUCCGAAGCCAAUAAUUUGGGUGUCUCAACAUUUAUACACAGCAUAGAAAAAAAUGCUAUAAAAAAUGCUAUAAAAAUAAAUGUUGGGAAAAACAUUUAUCAACUGACAGACUGAGAAAGCUUAGUAUUUGGAUGACAUUUGGAAGUAGUAGACUUUAUGUUAAAAACUGCUUUUCUUUAGAAAUGCCUACUCAAUUACCAUCUUAAUGACCAGAGCGGCCUCGAGCUCAGACGCUGCUGCCACACAACUCAAGUGCUGGGAUAUUUUUCUACAGCCUCCGUUCUCCCAACUACCUUGUAAUAAACCAGUGUUCAACUAGUUUUAUAACUGAAAAGCUGCACAUUUUUCAUAGUACAAACCCUAGUUUUUACCUGUAGUUUGGACCUCUCCGUUAAAAUGUAGCUGCAUUACCAGCCCUUUUAAAAGACAUCUGUUAAAGGAAAAUUCGGGUGUUCGAUUUUCUUGGGACCGUUUCUGUAACUUCUGCCCUUCACAAUAUAGAAAAUACUGUUUAUGCCAUUACAUUUUAAUUCCAGGUUUAAAACCUGUCAAAAGCUGUAGCUUGAAAUCAGCUUUUUUAUGUGAUGGCAUUUAAAAAAUAGCAUGUUCUUUUUAAACUGAAUUUUAUAUCUAAUCAAUGUCUUCAGUCUUGAAGAAGAAUUUGCAUUGUUGUGUUUGUAUAUAGAGUAUUGCAGUGCAUGAAUUAGCUUUAUGCAUUUUAUUAAAUGCUGUUUCAAUGUGGCAUUAUUGUUGUGGCUUAAUACUACUACCUAAAUGAGGUUUAUACUAUUAAAAAAGUAAAUUAAA